GAUUCUACCUGGAUCUCAGUGAGCCCUGGGGCAGGGCACCCCGCAGCCACCAGGUCGGUUGUCUCCAGUGCUUCAGCGCUGCUGGAGGUGGAACAAAGCCUGGAGAACGGGGAGUCGGGCCUGCUUCCCGCAACGCAGGCUCCUCAGCUUGGCGUGUUACAAAAGGGCUGCCUGUUUUUUCCCCCCUCUGAUUGUGCUUCGCCUGUGCAGGUAAAUCCAUCCACAUAUGAGGCCCCGAGAGCCCCAUUCACUCCUCGAGCUCCGGGGCAGGAGGCUCAGCGGGGCGCAAAGAGCGAGAGGGGACGUGGUAGAGGUGCUGUUGCUGACGGGUCAGAGCCUGCAUCGGGGCACCAGCACAGCCCUGUUGUGCUCGAGCCCAAACAAGCUGCAAAUGUUUUGCAAUUAUUAUUUUUUUUUUGGCUUUGCGCUGUGCCUGUUUCUAGGCUAAACCCUCCCCUUUACUGCUGAUGGGAGAGUUUUCCAGAGAACCUGGCAAGAAGCAGCGUGAACGUGCUGAUGCGAAUUUCGACGUUAAUCUGCUGCAGAUCGAGUGGCACAUUUGUAAGGGACAGCCGGGAGAAAUCUGAACGCUUCCAUGGUGCGCCGCGAGCCCACGCUAUUGAGAUGAAAUCUCACGGACGGAAUCGGGUGGACGCGGCUGCUGCAUCAGCGUCCGAGCAAAGUGCUGCCCUGUUCAGCCGCAGCCCAUAAAUAGCGCGGCUGCCGCCUGCCACCAGCACGGGAGCUCGCCGGGAGAGGCACGAUGACUGAGCAGCAAAGUUCCCCCGAGCAGAUGGCGACUGGGGAGGGCGCUGGCGAGUACGGUGGCAACUACAAGGUCACCAUCUACGAGCUGGAGAACUUCCAGGGCAGGAGGUGCGAGCUGACGGAGGAGCUCCCCAACGUGGCUGAGAAGGAGCUGGAGAAGGUUGGCUCCAUCCAGGUGGAGUCCGGCCCGUGGCUGGGCUUUGAGCGACAAGCCUUCGCCGGAGAGCAGUUUGUGCUCGAGAAGGGGGACUACCCGCGCUGGGACUCCUGGUCCAACAGCCACAACAGUGACAGGCUGAUGUCCAUCCGCCCCCUCCAGAUCGACAGCCCUGACCACAAGAUCCACCUCUUUGAGAACGUGGGCUACACCGGGCGGAAGAUGGAGAUUGUGGACGACGACGUCCCCAGCCUCUGGGCCCACGGCUUCCAGGACCGCGUGGCCAGCGUCAGGGCCCUGAACGGAACGUGGGUGGGCUACGAGUACCCGGGCUACCGGGGCCGCCAGCACGUCUUCGAGAAGGGCGAGUACCGGCACUGGAACGAGUGGGACGCCAACCAGCCCCUGAUCCAGUCCGUGCGCCGCGUGCGGGACCAGCAGUGGCACCAGCGGGGCUGCUUCGAGAACAGCUGAGGGGCCCCCCCGGCCCCGCACCCCCGGCCCCACGCCCCUGCCAUGCCGGGGGCAGGCUGACGUGUGCUGCAGCCAGCGCUGUGACCUUGGUGUUUAUUUUUGUGCAAAAACCUCAAUAAAGCUCUGAGCUGGA